UCACACUGCUGCACGUCUUCACAUCGACUGUGUUACAGUCCACGCACACAUCUUCCCUCUUCACCUUCAUCAGACACAAUCCCAAAAAACUGAAGAUGGGAAAAAUUAACGGAUGCCUAAAAUGCCUCUUUAUCUUCUUCAAUGUGAUUUCUGCACUCAUCGGAUGUGGGCUGAUCUACCUGGUGGUGAAGUUCCAGCCCGACAGCAGCCAGCUGUCCGAGGUUGGGGCCCCGAGCAUGGCUUGGGGUUGGGUGUUUGCCAUCGGCGUCUUCGGCAUCUCCUGCUUGGGAAUCUUUGCAGCAUGCUCCGAGAACCUAAUCGCCCUCAGAAUAUUUGCAGCCUUCAUGGGGUUUGGAUUGAUCUUCAUGCUGAUCUGUGGCAUUGCUGUGGUGGUCUACAAAAACAAGGUCAAAGAACUGUAUGACAACGCCUCUGCUGAGAUGGCAAAGACGUACAUAGAAGACGACAAAUCAAGAGGGAUACUUGAGAAACUACAGAAAAAUCUUCAUUGCUGUGGAGUGGUGAGCUCUGAGGACUGGAAUAUGACCAUCCCCGACAGCUGUGAUUGCUACCCUGCACUUGGAGGUGGAUUUAAUCAAUCUGGAGGUGGAGUUAAUCCAUCUGGAGCAUCAGGAUAUGAAUGUAUAUCCAGACCUAAGGGAUUUCAUUCAGGCCCAGACAAAAUCUUUAAACAGUCGUGCAGUGAAGCAAUCUUUGGGUGGGUCAACCUCGCCUUCCAGAUCAUGAUGGGCUUCUUCUUUGGAUUGGCGGUCACAGCUCUGCUGGGCCUGCUGGUCUCCAUUAUGAUGAUCCAUCAGGUCAAACGUUACGACAGCGGCAGAGGAGCGUCCAUGCCCAUGAAGGCCUACUAAAAGAAACCCUUUAACCUCUGCACUGAAACAGGAGGACUCAGUGGUUAAUACACGACCGCUUCUUCUUUACUUUUUUAAAUGUAAUUUCUGGUCAUUUCUCUCAGAGUGGCAGGAUACGUGUGAGACGGAGAGACCACGGGGCAUUCUGCAGGAAGAUUACAUUUCAGAAGUUUUCUUUACCUCCAGCUUUCUAUAGUAGAGAAUAUUGCUUAAAUAGCAAACAUUUAUUUUUUUGUAUCUCUUUUGUGUUAUUCAUGGUUUGCAGUAUUAUACUAGUCUUAUGUAACAGACUUUAAAAAGCAACAGUUUUAUAGUUUGAAAAGUCCUCUUGUUCUCCAUCUUAAGCCAUCAACUUCAUUGAUUUUGAUGGUUUAAAGCUUGGUGUUGCCAGAUCUCUAGUUAGAGUUAAUCCUAAAUUGAUUAUAUCAGAUUUUUGUUGUCCAGAGAUUAGUUCAGCAUUUGUUUAGCCUAGUUUAGCACAAAGACUCAGAGUAGGGGGGAACUGCUAGCCUAGUUUUAAAACUCUUGUUGCAGAAAUCGCCAGUGUUACUAUUCCUUAAAUCCAACCAGAAUCUGCACUCACAAGAAUGUUUUAUUUCUGAAGGGAUUUCCAAAGAAUAGUCACCAACAAACCUCUGGUUAAAAAGAUCAGUUCAGAGGUACACUUAAACUGUCAGCUGUAGUUAUUGUAAAAAAAAAGUACAAUGAACUUGUGUAUUUUUUCAUGCAUAUGUGUAUAUCUAUGUAAAGCGCUUCAGUCAUGUAAAAGGGAAACACUCCACUGAUCUGUUUUAUUGUGAAAUCUGUACUCAUAUCAUUUCAGAAUAAAUUUAAGAGACUGUGAACAUACACCACUGUGAUCUAAUGUGAUCAGUACUUCCUCCCCUUUGGCUUAUUUGCCCCAUAACAUAACAGGCUCACGGAGGCCAAUGGAGAGGUUGAAAGGAAAGAGGGAGGAUAUUGCAUUGACGAUAAUUCACUUCCGUAUAGCAAAACCAUUUAACUUUGGGCAUCUGAAUAAAACACACUUAGCAAAGCAAUACAUUUGACGUUCUACCAGAGAAAAUGCCCCUUCAUUGACCAAGUUAACUGCUUGCUAGCUAGCUAGCUAGCUAGCAUGUUAAACCUAAAUUUGUAUUAGCUAGUUAGCUAUUAGCCACCAGCUUCAACGACAUAUAAAUCACUU